CGCUCAGUCGGAUCGCGACACCCCGCGUCGAAGGGUCGAGCGCGCGACAGAGAUAGGGUGACCGAGAGGAAGAGAGAGAGGGAAAAAGAAAUUCUUGCUCGCUUUUCGCGGUGACCGGCGAGGAUCGUCAUCCGUCUCCACGAGAGCUCGAUUUAAUUAACCCUGGAUAUCGGGUUCCUCGGACGGAUCCUAAGGAAGAGUUGAAGUCGUUUAUCGUAUAUUUCCAUUCUCCCGUUUUCACUCCUGUGGAAUGAGAGAAGAUUAACUAUUGUACUACCGACUUUACACGCGAGUGCAUUCGCCGACGCAGAAGCGCGUUCGGCUCGGUGACCCGGCGCCGGUGAUUCCGACGGUGUUCGCGCGCGGACUGCCUCCGAAAUAUGAAUGCCGCUACAGCCGAGAAGACAUUCUUCCCGCCGAGAAGCCAGGAGUGAUUUAGUGACUCAAAGGGCGAGAGGGAAAGUACGAUCGGCAAUGCCGGCGAUCGAUCUCGCGCGCGGCUAAUCGCUGCGAAGUGACGAGCGAAAGAGAGAGAGAGAGAGAGAAAGAGCGGGAACACGUGCGUGCGUUUCCGCGACUGCCGUUGGGAGUUGUCCGCCGACCGGAAUCGCGGUGGCAAGGUCGUGUCAGGGUCGCGGAAUCGCGAGGAGAAUGUGGAGGAAGGACGUGACGCUCGCCAGGUUGAUCGUCGCCACGCUAAUAUACCUGUCGGACGGCACCGCCGCCGGAAGCUGCAGCUCCGCGAAGCUCUGCUGCCAGGGCAGGGACUCCGGCUGCGUCAUACAGAAGGAGUCGCCGAACGCGAUUAUCCAGAGCCCGCGCGACAAGCCGUGCUACUGCGAUCACGCCUGUCUCAAGCUUGCCGACUGUUGCGACGAUUUCAAGGAGACCUGCGGCGUGGUGGACUGCGCGGUGAGCGAAUGGAGUCUGUGGAGCCCGUGCGAUAACGGAUGCGGAAGUGGCACUCAAAAGCGCAGCCGGGUGAUCGAGAUCUCAGAAAAGAACGGCGGGAAGCACUGUCCUCGCUUGGACCAGGUCAGGACGUGCCGUAGUUUCCAGACAUGCCACGCUGGAAUUCGUCCGCAGCCGCACGCUAAAAGUGUGACGCUUCUUGCACUUUUUCCGGGCGACGGAAACAGUACGGACGUGAGGAUCAAGGAUAGGAUCGUCGAUAAAAGCGACAGCUGCGUCGCCUUUACCAUUGUGCGGGUUUCGAGGGCUUGCAGCAGGAUCUCGGAUUUGCUCUCGGAAGGUUCGCGAAUCUGCGUGGAGCGUCCCGGGCGGAACGAGAGCCUGGACAGAUACGUGGGAAUCGGUAGGUGGAAGUUGUCGACCAACAUUGCCGGCAACGGUCGGCGCGGCCCGCGAUCAACCAAUUCGACCUGCCACGGCAAGUGGAUCGGCGAUUCGCGGCUUCUGGUGGAUUGUCACGAUCCACGAUGCAAGCAGCCGAGCUGGCAGUCGCCACCGCACACCUCGCAGUUGUUCCGUGGCCGAAGUCGCAGGGGUGCGAGCACGAUCGUCGGCAACGAGGCGGCCGACGGGGCGUCGAGGGACAGGCUCGUGAGAAGACGAAGGAGAGGCAGACGACGGAAGAGGAGCCGGAGAAGAAGACGCGCCGCCGUCGCGGAACGGUGAACGUUUCCCGCAACUGUCGCGGCUCAUACCAGCAACGUCAUCCGCGUUAGGAUCUCUCCUGUCCGCCCCUUCUCUUCUCUCUGUCCUCACGUCUGUUGUUACACAGGGUAUAUCGUAACACCGGGUCCGCUUCGGGGGUGGAAUUCUCCCUCGAGGAGCUCGGAGCCGGCUUACCCCGCGGCAAGAAUGUCGCGGCGUCGAUCUCGAAUUACAGGCGCGAGCGGAGAGCGAGCAAAGCUCUUGACGAAUUAAGCGCCGACGGUAACGACGACAAACAGACAGCGAGAGCUCGUUACCCCGUUUAAGUUCGAGCGAGCGUUGUUUAAACAGAGUUUUCCUACAAGGCCUGCUUUCAGCGAUCUAUUUUUUCGCUCGUCGGAGCUCGAACGGUCAUGAAAAGGCAGCACCGGCUGCCCCGGUCAGUUCCGUCGGGAAGGAAAAUCGCCACCGAAUCGAAACUCCCCCGCCUUCUUCGGAGAAUCCCGCGUAUUAUGAUAUACCUUGCAUAUUUAAUCUGCAUCUAGUAUGCAUAUUUAAUCUGCAUCUGCGUCAUUCACACGCCGUGUACGUUUCACCUGUCGCGUUUAAUUCUUUCUUGCAUCAUAUAUUUCGCAAGUGAUUUUCAUCACCGAGAGCUCUUGGUCGCUUAGUUAUGUUCUAUGCGAACCGUUCUCGCGUUAAGCGUUUCGUGAAGGCAGAAACUUCAGAAAGCGUUACAUAAAAUCUACUCUAUUCUCUUUAUCUCCCCUUUUCUCCUCCUCCUACCGCUCCAGUUGAAUGUAGCAAUCGUACGGAGCCGUUGCCUAGAUUAUCCCGAUAAUUAUCAUAUCGAUUUUAUCAUUAGCGCAGGCUCGCGCGAGGCGUCUCACCGGGACGACGGUGAGCUUUCUUAUUCCCUCGGCGCUCUGGCGGGAAUCGCAAGGUAAUCGAUAUCAGAGACGUUAGGCUUAUGAUUUACGUUGCGGUUGCGGAUUUAAUAAAUCAUUUCAUCAUCGAGACAAUACCGCCUGCAGAUAAGGUCGCCGGAAGAGCGUGGAUGCGCGAUAAGUUGCGUUUAUUUAUUGUUUCCCUGAAUUUAUCAUCUGCCCCUCCCCCGAUCUCCGAAUUUCACCUAAUAAUAUAAAGUACAUGCGUUAUCGCAUAGGUGAAAUAUAUAUAUAUAUAUAUAUAUAUAUAUAUAUAUCCGUAGAGAGCGAGUAAAGAAAAGAAGAAUUUUGUCAUUAGUAAUCACACAAAUAAUUGUAUUUUAUUAAUAAUGUGACUAUCAUAAUAUCUUCCAUAAGAGAAAAAACAAAUAUAUAUAUAUAUAUAAGGAAAUAUUAUGCUUUGCAACAUUUUUCUGCGUUUUUACAUUGCUGCUAUAAAAAUUCUUCCAUAUAUACAGGAUGCGGAACGUCCCAGAAUCAAUGACGUUUGUUUAUACUUCAAAAGCUAUUAGCAUUUCAAUAUUGAAGUGAAAAAUGCAUUUAUCGUUUCACUGGUAGAUUCCAAUAUUUGAGGUUUUUAACCACGUCUAUAAUAACAUUAAUUUUAUAACAGCCUGUAUAUUUCGAAGACGUUUCUUUAUAUCCCGAAGUAUCGCAUUCGUUACAAAACAUAUCGAGCGAUAUAUUGAAUUUUCCGCGAGCAGCCUCAUUUUAGAGAGUAUUCAGUGUUCUGCGAAUGAACACGCUGGAAUAUUAUCAUUUCUCUUCAUGAGAACAUAUCGGCGUGCCGAGAGCGCGGAGACUCUCGAAGCGAGAUGAACAAAAUGUAAAAGCACAGUCAAUAAAGGGCAC